AUGAAUACAAAUGAACUGUUCGAGAUAAAGACUUCGAAAAAUGAAAGUCACAAUUUUAUACAAACAACAACAAAUACCAAUUUACCCAUAACCGAUUUCUAUAGGAAUGCUAAGUUGCUCAUCACUGGAGGCACCGGUUUUGUCGGAAAGGUUUUAAUACAAAAACUAUUACGCUCGUUCGAGAUAAAGAAGAUUUAUAUGCUGAUACGCUGUAAGGAUAAUAUGACCAUUGAACAGCGUUUGGAAAAUUUCUUCAAAGAAGCUAUAUUCGAUAAUAUACGUGCGGAGAAUCCAGCAUUAUUUCAAAAAGUUCAUCCAAUAAAAAUUGAUUUUACUGCUCUUGAUUUAGACAUUAAGGCUGAAGAACGAGAAAUGAUAUGCAAUGAAGUUGAGAUUGUUUUUAAUGUCGUUGCCUCAGUGAAAUUCAAUGAGAAAUUAAGCGAUGCCAUCGACAUCAACGUUUUGGGCACAAAGAAAAUUUUGGAUUUGGCUAUGGAAAUAAAAAACUUGAAGUCAUUUGUCCACAUUUCAACACUUUACUGCAAUUGCAAUCGACAGUUUAUCAAGGAGCAGGUAUACGAGACCGAAAUUGGCUAUGAAAAAAUUAUGCAGAUAUUUCGCAUAUUUGAUGAUGUGACGUUGGAAAAAUUUAGGCACUGCCUCAUUGGAGAAAUGCCAAAUACUUACACGAUGACUAAGAAGUGUGCUGAAAAUUUAGUUAAUCAUCGUGCCUUCUAUUUACCCGCCGGUAUAUUUCGACCACCAAUAGUUAUGUCAACCUACAAGGAUCCAUUCCCCGGUUGGACUGAUAAUUUAUAUGGACCAUCUGGCUUGUGCACUUGGUCGGCACGGGGUGUGGUGCGUUGCAUAUAUGGUAAGGCCAACUGCAAAGCGAAUCUGGUACCAGCGGACUAUUGUGUCAAUGCAAUGAUAGCUUGUGCUUGGGACAUCUGCCGAAGGUAUAAACUGCAGGAAAAGGAAACAGAGACCAAGAAUGAAUUACCCGUCUACAAUUACAUAUUCGAUCGCAACAAUUUAACCUGGGGUCAGUACAUGCAUUUGGCUCGCAAAGGAUACCACGAACCAUUUGACAAAGCUUCAUGGUGCUUCUCAUAUGUUAUAAUUCCAUCGAAGCCAUUGCAUUGUGCAAUUGCAUUUUUCUUGCACAAUAUCCCCGGUUAUAUAUUAGAUUUAAUUGCCAUGGUUACAGGACAAAAGCGAAUAUAUACAAAAGCUUAUCGAAAAAUAUCGAAAAUAAUCUACAUGAUGUCCUGGUUUGGCCUGAAGGAAUGGAAGUUUGCGCAUCGUAAUAUUGAUGAAUUGGAUGCAAUGUUGGUGGGUGAGGAACGCCGCCUGCUGCAAUUCAACAUGACAACCAUUAAUUGGAACGAAUACUUUCGCUCAUAUCUCAGCGGUAUACGCAAGUACUUUUUCAAGGAUAAUGAUAAUAAAUUGCAGAAGCGCAAAACUAUUUAUCGCAGAAUGCUUUUCGUACAUAAUCUACUGAAGUCAACUUUGGGUAUAACGUUCAUUAUGUGUCUUAUAAGAAUUUAUAUAAAAAUUUUUAAAAUCAUACCGAAAAUUACGCUUUAAAUGGUUGUUGCUUGGCUGCUCAAAUUGCACUACUGUAGAUGGAAGAAGGCUGAAGGAGGAGUGAAGCAAUUAUAAAUAUACAAAAUAAUACGUAAAAGAAUAAUAAAAAACUAGAUAAAUUAAAUGUUUUAAGUGAAAUUAAUGUAUUGUGUUUCUUUGUGUCUGUAUCUCAAAAUAAACGUACAUACAAAAUUCGUACCAC